AUGGCUUCUUCAACUACAGCGAUCAAACAGGGUUCAAAGUCAAAAAAAUGGGUUAUUGGUACAUUUCCCGAAUCAAAAGAAUUUAGCGCUGUUCCAACUAAUUGGCUGUUUGAAACUACUGUAAAUGGUCCAUGGCAUGAAAAGGUCCAAAUUAACUCUGAAUCAUCUGAAGAAUUUGAUGGUCCAAAAUCUAAUAAAAAAACUAAAAACUUGUUCCAAAGUUUAGUAGAAGAGUCAGAUUCAAGUGAAGAGGGUUAUUACAUUGCUAUGCCACUGAAACAUAACAUAUCAAACUCAAAACUGGCACCUUCCACAUCCACGGCUAACCAAUCAGGUCAUAUUUUAGAAAAUUCAUUUGGAAAACUUACAUCUUAUGUGGGAAGAUGCAACACUAAUGAUAACAGGAACACAAUACUUCACAACCUGUCCAAUGAUAAUGAAGAUGAAAGAUAUAUCGCAAGCAUGAUGGCACCUUUCACAUCUACGGCUAACCAAUCGGGUCAUAUUUUAGAAAAUUCAUUUGGAAAACCUGUUAGUAUACUAUUGAUUAGUACAUAUUGUUGA